AUGUGUAACCUUUCAAGUCAUAUUCCUGAAGAUGACCAGUUAAAGAAAUUCUGGGAUAUUGAAGAAAUAAAAGGUAGUAAUAAAUUUUUAUCUCAAUACGAUAUUGUGUAUGAGUCUUUAUUUAACGAAAAUACUUUCCGCAUAGAAAACGGUCAGUUUGUAGUAAAAUUCCCGUUAAAACAAUCCCCAGGACAGGGCAGGUCUAAACCCGAAGCAAUUAGAAGAUUUAAGACAUUAGAAAAACGGUUCGCGGAUGUUCAAUUUAAACAAUUAUACACCGAUUUUAUUCAAGAAUAUGAAACUUUAGGUCAUAUGACUAAAUUAACUAUCCAACCCGAUGGAAUUAAAUACUUUUUACAACAUCAUGGUAUUUUAAAAGAAAUGAGUACGACAACUCGUUUACGCGUAGUUUUUGAUGGAAACUGUAAGACGUCCACAGGGUGGUCGCUUAACGAUCUACAAUAUAUCGGCCCUAAAGUUCAGAAUGACAUUAUAAACAUUCUUUUACGAUUCAGAACAUAUAAAUUCGUUGUUUCAGCUGACAUAUCAAAAAUGUAUCGUCAAAUUCUCAUAGAUCGAGAGCAUAGACCUUUACAACAGAUACUAUGGCGUGAUAACCCCAAAAGUAACUUUUGCACUUAUCACUUGAAUACAGUUACAUAUGGAACUCGAUCAGCUCCAUAUCUGGCUAUCAAGUGUAUUAAGACGCUAGCGGAACACAAUAUGAAUCAAUACCCCAAAGCCUGUGAAACAAUACUAAAGGACAUGUACGUGGACGAUUUGUUGACCGGUUCUAACGAUUUAAUAGAAUUACAAAAAUUAUGCAAAGACAUAUAUGAUGUCUUAUCAUCCGCUAAUUUCAUUUUAAGAAAGUGGAUUUCUCAUAAUUUUCAAGUAGUUUGUGGCUUCAAAGAUAACAAUAUCUCAAAUGCAAUUUUAGAUAUAGGUGAUAAAGAAAGUUGUAAAACUUUGGGAAUCCAAUGGGACAAUAAAAAUGACAUUCUAAAAUAUACAAUUAAACAAUUUACCCAUCGAAACACAAUUACUAAACGUCAUAUUCUUUCAAUUAUUGCUGAAAUUUACGAUCCUUUAGGGUUAUUAAGCCCUUCCAUAGUUAUUGCAAAAUUAAUAAUACAGAAAUUAUGGUCCCAACACAUUAGAUGGGAUGAGCCUAUUCCACAAGAUAUAGAACAAACUUGGUAUCGAUUUCAGAAUGAACUUGGCAGUUUAAAUCAAUUAUCUAUACCUAGAAAUGCUAUUUAUUUAAACUAUAUACUCACAGAUGUCCAUUGCUUCUGCGAUGCAUCGAGAGAUGCAUAUUCAUCUUGCAUAUACUUACGUAGUGUUGACGAUAGCGGAAAUUAUAACGUUCAAUUACUAUGUGCCAAAACCAAAGUGUCACCACUGAAGACAAUAACAAUUCCAAAACUUGAAUUGUGUACUUGUCUUCUAGGAGCACAACUAGUAAAUACUGUGGUCAAUGCCCUCAAUUUAAAAAAUAUUCAUUAUUGUUUGUGGUCCGAUUCUCAAGUCGCCCUAUGUUGGAUUAACACGGAACCCAAUUUAUUACAGACCUUUGUUGCUAAUCGCGUAUCUAAAAUACAAUCUCUCACGAACAUUGAAAAUUGGAGGUAUGUUAGUACUAAGGAAAACCCUGCAGAUUUAGCAUCUCGAGGUAUAAUGCCUAAAAUGCUGAUGUCAAGUGCAAUUUGGUGGAAAGGACCUCAAUUUUUAUUGUUACAAUCAUCAGAUUGGCCAAUUACUAAUUUUUCAAUUUCUAAACACGAUCUCCCAGAACUAAGAAAAUCUAAGACUAUUUUGGUCAUAUCACAACAUACAAAAAUUUGUGAUUUAUUUACAAAAUUCUCUUGUUUACAACGAUUAAAAAGAGUCACAGCAUAUUGUAUGCGUUUUAUCAAUAAUACACGAAAAUCUGAUACCAAAGUUAUUGGCCCAUUAUCAGUUGAAGAAUUGGAAAACACCAAUACUAUUUUAAUUAAAUUAUCUCAAAUGGAAUCAUUUUCCGAGGAGCUAGAAUUACUUCGUAAAAACAAGCAAUUAGAUGCUAAACAUAAAUUUGCUUCAUUAGCGCUCUUUAUUGAUGAGAAAGGAAUCAUCAGAGUUGGGGGACGAUUAAAAAAUACUUACUUACCAUUUAACAUCAAACAUCCAAUCUUACUCUCAAGUAAACACAAUUUUACCAAGCUAAUUUUUAAUCAUAAACAUAGUCAAUUGUUACACCCAGGACCACAACUACUAUUAGGUAUUCCCAAAAUAAUAUAUUCCGAUAACGGAACUACAUUUCACGGCACUAACAACUUAUUGAAAGAUCUUAGUAAAUUUUUAUUUAACAAUCAGGCCUCUGUUGUCAAUUCUACCAGUCAAUAUAAUAUACAAUGGAAGUUUAUGCCUCCGUACACCCCAAAUCAUGGCGGAUUGUGGGAAGCAGCCGUUUAA